AUGGCGGAAUGUAUAUUUGACCUUGAUAGGCUAGAAGACUUGCCCGAGAGUCUAGAGUUAGUUGAAUUUUUGUGUGCAGAACCAGACAAGUCAUCACUAAAGGUACAAGACCCCUUAGAAACCAUUGAUUUGGGGACUAAAGAAUAUCCAAGGCUUAUACAGAUCAGUGGCCUAUUAGAAGAGGAAGAUCAGGCAAAGAUAGUUAGCCUUCUGCACGAGUUUAAAGAUUACUGUCAAGAUACUACUAACAAUUGGGUAGAGUAUGAGGCUUUGAUAAUUGGCCUGGAAAUCUUGAUAAAGUUGGGGACAACUGAAGUUCAAGUGUUUGGUGAUUCAGAGUUGGUAAUCAAUCAGCUAAAUGGAGAAUACAAGUGUAGGCAGAUCACCAUGGCUGGUUAUUACUUGGCAACCACUCAAUUGUUGAGUUAUUGGGACACUAAAAUAUCAGUUAGUCAUAUCCCUAGAGAAUCAAAUGCAAUGGCUAAUGAGAUGGCGCAUAUGGCUUAUCGAGCACAUAUUCAAGGCCAAGAAGAAUCUAUGAGAGUCAUGGCUGAAGUACAUGAAGGAAUCUGUGGAGUACAUUACGCUGGGACUAAGAUGAGGUGA